AUGAAGAGGGACUGGGGUGGGAAAGAGAGAUAGGGAGGGAGGAAGGAGGAAUGAAGCCUUUAAGGAGUUUUGGCAGGCCAGAGCCCUGGAAGAUAGGGAAUGUUUCCAUCAUAGCGUGCAUGAUCCUUUCCCUUUGCAUGCUCUCUCUCAUCAAGGCUCGCUAUGGCUCAUCUCCAUGUGGGAAAUCACAGGAAUCCUUGAAAUUAAUGGUUCCAACACAGAAAAAUCUUGAGAUGAUCCCAGACGAAAAUGGGCAGCCUACUCUACCAGAGGAGGAAGAUGAUGAAGAAAACAGCACUGUGGUCGGCAUGGCCAAACCAAUAUGCUACGAAACAAGCAAGAGAUCAGAAACUUGCGAAGCGGAAGGUGAUAUCAGGGUGCAUGGAAGCUCUCGCACCGUGUUUAUCCACCCUACUUCAAUGAAGCAAGAAAGGAAGAUGAAGCCCUACGCUCGAAAGAAUGAUCCUGUGGCCAUUGCCAACGUAAAAGAAUGGUCAUUGAAACCGUUAAGCAGUCGUCAGCCGCCUCCAGGAUGUACCAAGAACCAUUCCAUCCCUGCUAUGAUCUUCUCCAUUGGAGGGUUCACCGGCAACCACUUCCACGACUUCACCGAUGUAUUCGUCCCCCUCUUCAUAAGCUCUUACCAGUUCCACGGCGAGGUCCAAUUCCUGAUAUCCGACUUCAGAUCUUGGUGGGUGAACAAAUUCAUCCUAAUCUUCAGGCAGCUUUCCAACUACGAGAUCAUCAACAUGGACAGUGACCAGGAGAGUGUACGUUGCUUCCCUCGGGUGAUCAUGGGGCCAAGCUUCCACAAGGUAUUAGGCGUCGACUCUUCGAGGUCUCCUGCCGGGUGCUCCAUCGUGGAUUUCAAAGCGGCGAUGAGAAAGGCAUUCGGACUAGAGAGAGCAACGGUGACACCUCCAGAAGACGUCGAGUGGGACAUGAGGAGGUGGCGGCCGAGGCUCUUGAUCAUAUCUCGUAAGAACACGAGAAAGUUCAUGAAUGAGAGGGGGAUGGUGGACAUGGCAACGAGCUUGGGGUUCGACGUGAGGAUCGGCCAGCCUGACAUGAGCACCGAGGUGUCGAAGUUUGCGAGGCUGGUGAACUCUGCUGAUGUGAUGCUUGGAGUCCAUGGAGCAGGGCUCACCAACAUGGUGUUCCUCCCUGCAGGGGCUGUGGUCAUUCAGGUGGUUCCCAUGGGCGGGCUGGACUGGCUGUGUAGAGAGACGUUCGAGGAUCCCGCGGAGGAAUUGCAGCUCAAGUACUUGGAGUACAGAAUUCAGGCGGAUGAGAGCACGCUCGUGGAGCAAUACCCCAAAGACCACCCCGUCUUGGCAAACCCCUUCAAAAUCCGCAAACAGGGGUGGGAUACGCUCAAGUCUGUGUACUUGGACAAUCAGAACGUGAGGCCUCACUUGGGUAGGCUCAGGAACACUUUGAUGGAAGCUCUCAAACACCUACCUCACAAGCACAUAAACUAAGUCUUGAGUGUUCUAACAGAUGAUUCCCUUCCCUCUUCUUUCUUUCUUUCUUUCUUUUUGUUUUGUUAUCGUAUUUGUAAUCGAUAUUGUUUUCUUAGACUCGGGAACACUUUGAUGGAAGCUCUCAAACACCGAUCUCCAUCAGCUAAGUCUUGAGUGUUGUUGUAACUAGAUGAUCCCCUUCCCACUUAUUUCUUUCUUUCUUUCUUUCCUUCUUUUUUGUUUUCAUAUUUGUAAUCGAUGUUGUUUUCUUGCAAAAUGAUUGAUAUAGAUGAAUGGUGCAAAUGCAUCGGAAAAUAAUAAGUUCACUUA